UUUCUAGCCAACAAGUGGCUCAUUAGCACGGAGUGUAUGGAGCUGAACUGAAGGAAAGUGCAGUGGAGUUUGAACAGAUUACUUGAAUGUUAUCAUUCUUGAUUGAACUAUUCAGCAGAGCAAGGGGCAGAUCACUGUUCCCUGCCUAUGUUGAGUUAGCUCAUUCUUUCCUGUGCUGGCAAGAAUGCGAUAAUUAGAGCCCUGAGCUGGGAGAGGAAACAGGCAACCAGUGUCUUUCAGAGGAGACAUUGAACCAAUGCUCCAGUCAGAGGGACGUAGGAUGUAUCCCAAUGAAGCAAGAGGCAUUAGAUUCACAGAGCUGUUCAACAUAGAUACAGUGCCUUCGGCCCAUAGCAUCACUGCUAGCCCUCAUGCCAACCUGUAUUAAUCACACUCGCUUGUGUUAAUUCCAUAACCCUCCGCGCACUGUUCAUUCAUCUGUCCGAACUUUAGCUUCUUAUAUCAUAUUACUGGUCCUGCCUCCACUGUCACCUCUGGCUACUCAUUCCAGAUGCCAUCAACCUUUCAGAUCCCCUUUAAACCUGCUCUCUCUCACUUUAAAUCAAUGCCCUCAUAGGAAACAUACUGGCUAUCUACCCUAUCUAUGCCUCGUAAUUUGACAUAAAUCUACUGUGCUAUUGCUCAGGCUCCUUCGCUCAGGAGUGGAUCCAUCCUAUGCAACCUCUCCUUCAGCUCAAGCUCUUCAAUCCAGGCCACCUUUUCUGCACCCCUAAAUCCUUACAAUGCAUUCAAUAGUGUGGUCAGAAUCAGAAUCAGUCUUUGUUAUCGCUGACAUAUUUUGUGAAAGUGGUUGUUUUGCUGCAGCAGUACAGUGUUAAGACAAAAAACUUAACAGAAGUUUCGAAAGUAAAUAAAUGAUACGAGAGGCAAAUGAUGUGGUAGUGUUCAGGGGUUCGUGGACUAUUCUGGAAUCUGCGGUGACCUCAACUGUCCAAAAUACUCCAAAAGUUUUGUACAGCUAUAAGAACAGCUAUACACCAGUUGAGAAUGCCAUAUGCCUUCCUCGCCACCCUGUCUAUCCGUGAUGCCACCUUCAUGGAACAAUGUACUCGUAUCCCUAAAUCUACGUUUCAUAAGUCCCCCCGGGCCCUGCCAUUCACUGUGUAUGUGAAUGUCCUGGUUUAGUUAAAUUAAACACUUCACACUCGUCUGAGUUAAGUUACAUUUGACAUGCCUUUGCCCAUUUUGCACACGGUGUUCUGUCCUGCCCAACGCCAGUGUGGCAGCUGAUCUGGUUGUGUCCCUCAUCAGACUGUCCUGCCCAGUAUUAGUGUGGCAGCUGAUCUGGUUGUGACCCUCAUUCUCUUUUGGGCAAAUUGGCUGCUCCAUUUCACAACAUUAAGACAAAAAUGACCUUUGAAAAGCACUUUAUUGAUUGUAAUAUUCUGAAAUUGUGGAACGAGCUUUAUAAAUACAGCCUCGCUUUUGCCUGUAGGAUUACUGACCCUGUCAAAUGAGAAGAAAAUUGGAAGUGCAGAGCUGCUGUUCAAGACCCACUGGAACAAAUGGCGUGAGCUCACACUGAAACACGAUGCUAACAAAUAAACAUAUAAUAACUGGAUGCAGCGUGUAGUGAGAUGAUCAUGCGGUUGUUGACAAAAGGAAACAGACAACGAACACAGGAACCAACAGCGGCCAACAAAACCUCAUCCCGUUCCCAUGCGGUGCUGCAGGUUACUGUCAAACAGAGGAGUCGAAUAAAAGACAUUUCAGAGGAAAUACGAAUUGGCCGUCUCUUUAUGAUUGACCUUGCUGGAUCUGAGAGAGCAUCUCAGACUCAGAAUACUGGCAAAAGGAUGAAAGAAGGAGCCCACAUUAAUCGAUCUCUACUUGCCCUGGGAAACUGUAUCAAUGCAUUGAGUGAAAAAGGAGCGAAUCGUCCCCAGUAUGUCAACUUCAGAGACAGCAAAUUGACCCGGCUAUUAAAGGACUCAUUGGGUGGAAAUAGCAGAACUGUGAUGAUUGCUCACAUCAGCCCCGCCAGUAGCUCAUUUGAGGAGUCCAGGAACACCUUGAUAUAUGCAGACCGUGCCAAGAAUAUUAAAACCAGGGUGAAACAAAAUCUGCUGAAUAUCUCAUACCACAUUACUCAGUACACCAACAUCAUAGCUGAUCUCAAGAAAGAGAUUGAGCGACUGAAACUGAAGAUUGAGCAGCAGGAGCCAGAGCAGAGAAGAUCAGAGAAGGCCAAUAUCAGGGAUAUUCAAGCUGAAGUUCAGCAACAUUCAGUGGAAUACAAGCGAGGCGAAAUGGCCAGACUAAGGGAUCAACUGAUGGUUGCUUUUAGGCAACAAAUGGAGAUCCGUCACAACCUCAUGGAGCUUGAAAAUACCAACAUGGAGCUUCACAUUGACACCUCCAGACAUCUGCUAACUAUAGCUGACUGGGAAAGGGAGAAAACAAACCGAUCUGGGAAGUGGUGGAGGAAGAAGUGGAGAGAGGUACCUGAUAAAGAUCAUGAAGGGGAGGAGCAGGAAGCCAGACUGAUGGAGGAGUCGGAUAUGACUGAACCGCUGGAGGUGACAGUGGCACGGGAGGAAAUCGGCAUGCUGCUAAGUGAGCAGCAGAAAACGGCAGCACUCAAGUGUGAGUUAGAGCAGAAGUUGGAGGAAAUCAAGGCUAAAGUCUCAAAGAUGGAGGAUUUGCUACCAAAGUGCAUCAGUAAUAAGGAGCAGCAGGAGAUCAUGAGUUUGCUCUGUAAAGUUCAUGAGCUGGAGGUGGACAAUACCGAGAUCCAGUCAGCUCUGCUGAGGAAAGAGAAUAUCGUCCAACAGAAAGACUUUGCUGUGCAGCGCUAUGAACAACAUCGAUCACUCUGCAGUGAAAUUAUUCGGCAGCAGCAACAUCUGAUAAAUGAUCACAACAUUGAUGUUCCACAGCAGCUACAGAAUCUCUACACCCUGUAUAGGCAGGAGACGGAGGAGGGAAUGUUGGAUAAUCUGAUCGCCCUUCAUACCAUCACCUCCAACACGCUGAAGGAUCACACAAUUCUGAAUGUUGCUCGUCAGCUGAACCUAGAAGAAUACGUGUUGACCUUGGAAGGAAGGAAAGAUGAUGCCACGUCAAGAACAGUUCAUGAAAACAGACAACUGCUCCACGCCCGGGUUAAGAACCCACUGCCUCCAAUACUUCCUGAACAUGAGAGUGAUGCCAAUAAGGUGUUCAAAGCCACCACACAGUCACGCUACAUGAAACAACUGCCGAAUCUAACACCGCCUCCCAUCCGCCUGGCUGGACCACUGUUACUGCAGAAGCAGAGCUUGGUCACCCUGAAGGAUUGGAGCAGAAGUGGAGAGUCCAAUACACCAUCCGAAGCAGGGAGCAGCCAAUCAGAAUUCUUCGUAGUGAACAAGCCACAGGGCUCAGGCAACCUGCAAGAAAUUAUGGGCACAAAGAGCAUCUCGGUUAUAGCAGCAAAGCGUCGCUCGCGAGCAAAUGUGGCUGACUCUGCGUUAGCACUCACAAGAGGAAAGGGAAGGAGGAUUCAAUCCAUGCCUUCCGCCGAGGAGACUGAGAAGGAGAACUGGGGUCAAGUACACUCAAAGAAAGAUACAUUAAACAAUGAAAUGAAAUCUGGAGUCAAAGGUGAUCAUCUCGCACUGAAAAUGGGAGGGAAUGCCUUUGGAGACCGUCCAGAAUGUAGCAGCCCUUCUCCUCUAACCUCAUGGUCCAAAUUGAAAGGAUUGAGAAAGGCGGAUCAAAAGGAUGAUUCGAUUGGAAUAAAAGAAAGGAAGAAACAAUCACGUGCUUUUGGAAUAAAUUCCCAGGGGAUUCCUAAACUCAGGUCUUACCCUUCGCGGCAGCACAAUCGCAAGAGUGUAUUUGAUCACAGGUUUUCGGUUGCUCCGCACCUCUCGCAGAACUCUAAUCUCAAGCCAAGUAUUGUGCCAGUAAGGAUUGCCAAUCUGUCAAAUGCCAAUGUGCCAACUGCAGCAAAGAUCAAAUUCCCACUCAACUAUCAUUCAGGUGAGAGCCAGUUGCAGAAGAUUGAAGUGAGUAAUGCCGUGUCGAGUACCAUCCACCAGAUAAAUGCAGAAGGGAAUAAAGGGCUGCUCUUGCAGAAGCAAGUCCGAGGACCAGGUUAUGGUGCCAAUACACAACACCUGCGAACACAUCCUGGAAACUUUAAAAAAGGAAGUAAUCUGCCUCCCAAGAUGACAGAUGCAAAUUCGCGUAGCAGAUCCAAAAAGUGAUCACAAGUAGGAAGCACAUGUGCAAUAUAAUGGCUGAUUCGUGAAAUAAGAUGCAAGGAUUCAGGAGAAGCCUCAAACGAAUUUAAACCAGGAAUGUGACAUCACCUGAUCUUAUGCUGAACUCCAAAUGAAUUAAUUUGCUAGAUUUUUUGAUAAAAAUAUACUGAGAUGUUAAUUUUUGCAUUUUUACAAUCCAUGGUGCAAAUGAAUUCAUGUAGCAUUACUGAGGUUGAGUGAGCUAGACAGUUGAAAAAGAAUGCGAGUAUAGAUGGACUACAAGAAGAGCAUGGAUUCUAAACUGCUUAUGGUGCAGUUCCUUUGAGAGCCAUCAACCAAUGUAUGGAUCUUUGGUACAGCAAGAACUGAAUUAACUUUGUAGCCAUUUGAGUCAAAAAUGUCUUUGGCAGGUAUUAGGAUUUACAAAUAUCUUGUAACAAAAUUAUAAACUACCUGUUAUUUCAAGUUACAAUUAGUUAAAAAUUUUGAAUAAAAAACU